AUGCAAGCCAUCCGUGAGCUUCUUGAGAAACACGAAGGAGCAAUUAACAUAUGGUCCAGGAAAUAUUACGCACAAAUUAGAGGGUUGGCAAUGGGACAGCGACUAGCACCAACCCUUGCCGUUGCCUUUAUGUAUAAAGUGGACCCACCAGUAAUCGAUCUCAAGGCGUUACUCUACUGUAGGUUCACCGUUGUUCUAGCCCGAAAUCCAGAUGGUAAGACCGAAAGUUCGAAGUUAGCAUGGAAAAAAAUGAUGCAACAUUCUGUGGACUCGAUAUUUCCUAACGCCGAAAUGAAAAAAAGGAAGAUCAAGAUUUUGUUUGCUGGUAUAAACGAUAAGAUAGAAGAAGACGAUGACGAAGACGAAGAGGAGAAAAAGAUAUCGAAACCUCCGGAAGCGGCCAAUGAGAAGAAGGAUGUUAAAGGAAAGAAAAGUGAUGAGAAAGAGAAAAAAGGUCGAGCACCAUCACUUCCAAAAGACGGCAAAAAUUCUGAACCCAAGGAAAAGGUACCCAAAGCAUUGGAUAGCGCAAAACCUGAUCAAAAAGUUCCGGGAGAAUCAGUUGCUAAGGAACAAGCAGAGCCCAAGCUCCAGAAGAAAGAUAAAGAUAAAGCCACGGAAAAGGCAGAAAAACCCUCUACAAAAAAUGAAAAGGAAUCUGAGGAGAAACCGGGUGGCACAAAGCCUGGUGAAAAAGCACUAACCGAAAAAGAUGCUAAAGAACAAUCACAGCCUAAGAAGGAUACCGAACACCUCGAAAAAGACAAGAAAAAGGAGAAAGGAGAAGAUGUAGAGCAACAGCAUGAAACGAAAAUGACUGGUAAACCCGAAAUUAUAGAGCAUAAGGUCGAGCUCGAUAGUGAUUUUACGCAAAAGAUAGAACCUCUAGAACACGAAGGUGGAGAAGGUAAAGAUAAAGAAAAGGAUGAAAAAGAUGCUGCACAUCCUCAUCAUGGAGCCGAAGCUGAAAAGGAUGGGAAACAUACUGAACCCGCAGCAGUUGCGGCUGGGCAAUCUCACGGAACGAAUGUCGUUGCGAAAACACCGGGCGGAAGUGACGCAGCUGCUACGGACCCAAAUUUGCGCAAGAAAGAGUUAGAACUUCUUCAAAAGGAUGGCAAAAAAGUCCUCGUAGUUACAAUGUUUCGCGAUCAGAAAGUUCCCAACGAUGUCUUAUCACGAAGUGGAGACGAAGAUGAUGAAGACGAGGAAGAAGAGAAUCGAAAUGCAGAUAAGGCUAAAGCCUCAAAGCCCAAGACGUGA